AAAGCCAUAUGGCUCUCCCGGAACAUGCCACGUCCUCUAAAGUUCCACGUGUCAACACGUGUGGGCCGGCAAGCGACGUCAACAAGUCUCAAGCUGCCACGUCUGCCGAGGGCAGCCACGUAUCGACCAUUUCCUAGGGUCUCCGAACAAUGGCCAUGUCACCGAGCUCUCUAACCUUCAUAAAUGGCAAAACCUCGCACGUUCGUCCGUCGUUGAACACGCGUCACGGAGUUAGCAAGCACACGAACAAAGGAAAUGAGCCAGGACCAGCCACAGAGGCCGGAGCAAGGCCAAGCCGGCCGUGAGCCCAUCAAGUAUGGCGACGUCUUCGACGUCUCCGGCGACCUCGCGCCGCAGGACGCAGCAAUGAUGCAGACAGCAGAGGCUGUGGUCUUCGGCCAGACCCAGAAGGGCGGCCCUGCUGCUGUCAUGCUGCCUGCUGCCACCAGGAACAAGCGGGCCGCUCUGGUUGGCCGCUGCGACGUGAUGGACAUCGCCGUGGUCCAAGGUGUCACCGUCACCGAGACCGAUAUCCCCGGUCAGCGAAUAAUCACUGAAUCAGUGGCAGGACAGGUUGUCGGACAAUAUGCUGAACCCACGCCAGUGCAACACGCAGCGCCUGCUGCUGCGGUGGAGCGGAGUGCAAUCACCAUCGGUGAAGCGCUCGAAGCGGCUACCCAGACGGUGGGAGACAAGCCGGUGGAUCAGAGCGACGCGGCCGCGAUUCAAGCAGCGGAGGUUAGGGCGACCGGCAGCAACGUCGUAAGUCCCGGGGGGACUAGCCGCGCUUCUGCUCAAUCCGCGGUGGCUCACAACGGGGUGGACAGGGACGAGGACAAGAUCAAAUUGGGUGACGUCUUGACGGGCGCGACGGAAAAGUUGCCGGCUAACAAGGUGGCGACGAGGCAAGAUGCCGAAGGGGUGGCGAGCGCGGAGCUGAGGAACAACCCCGACCUCGCGACCCAGCCAGGUGGUGUGGCGGCCUCGGUCGCCGCCGCCGCUCGACUCAACAAAGCUGUCAACCCUUAGAGACAAAAAGAGUUUGGAGAGGAGGAAGCUUUGCGACUUUGAUGAGAUGGGUUUUCUGGGUUUCGUUUUCUCUUGGGCGUUUCUGCUUCUUCCUUUGGGAAGUGAAACAGCUCGAUGUAAAGUGUCGAAUGUCAACAUCCGUCCGUUGCUGGGAUGGUGUUCUUUGAACUUUUU